UGUGAGGAUUGAGGAAGUAACGACCGCGGAGUUGUGUGCACAUAUGAUGGGGUGACAGAGCCGCUACUGACCGAGCAGCGGGAGGAGACGUCACCCCGAGCUGUGGAGAGACAGAUGGACAUUUCAAGCAAAACAUCUUCUCGGUGAAUCGAAAUUACACUGCCAACAAGCUGGUCAUUGAAGAUGUAUUGGUGUGUGGGGGCAGAAGCAUGCGCUGGAAGUCGCGCUGGAAGCAUGGAUUCACACAAUGGCUCCACAGGUAUGGGAAACAAGCAGUCCAUUCCCGGGGAGCUAGUGGUGAACCAGAGCCUAUUAAUAGCAGAGGUCCAGGCUGCGUACACUGAAGGGGAGAGUGGCAAAGCGCAGGGUCUGGUAAAAGCUGCUUGCGAUGAAAACCUUCCUCGCCCUGAAAAGCUCCAGCUCCUGCGGAUCACAGCUGCUUAUGGGGAUGUGCCAUCUGUACGUUACCUGCUUCGUGAGGCUAAAGUGGUUUUACCAACUGACCCCAGCGACGACAAUCCAGUUGUUAUGGCAGCUCAUUAUGGUCAUGGAGAUACUGUGACCUUGUUACUUGAUUCAUUGCCAGAUGCAGCUAGUAAUAAGCCUCUCUUGAACUGGCUUCUGGUCACCUGCUGUGAGCAGGGUCAUCUUAGCCUAGUGAAACUCCUGAUCCUCACUUAUCAUGCUGAUCCGGACUGUUAUGCAACAAGAAAUAACGAGUUCCCGGUUCUCCGCAAGUUGCCUCUUUAUGCCACCUGUAUGGCAGGACAUGAAGACAUUGCAGAGUUCUUACUUCAGAACGGAGCUGGCUUCUGUUCCUACAUAGUGAUGGACAACCCAGAGGUGACCAAAAAACUUCUGAGGAAGAGAAGCCUUGGUGAACCCUCUUUGCCCAAGGAACAGGGAACGUCAAGCAUCUGUGUGAGGUGGUCCAGCCUUCGCCUGCCUUGGGUAGAUCUUGAUUGGUUUAUAGAUAUCUCCUGCCAGAUAAGAGAGCUGGAUAUCUCUUCUAAUUGCUUGGCUUCCCUUCCAUCAGUCGUUCCUUGGGGGCUUCUCAACUUACAAAAGUUGAAUAUAAGUGACAACCAACUAUCUGAUCUACCCAGCGUCCAAAGCUCAGAGGAAAUCAUCUGCACGAGAUUGCUUGAAGUCGACGUCUCUAGUAACAAGCUGACAUGUCUGCCCCCUGGGUUCCUUCAUCUGAGUCGCCUGCAGAAACUCUCUGCAUCCAAGAACUACUUGGUGAAUCUAUUUAAAGAAGAUGGAAUCAACUGGAUUGGUCUGCGGAGGUUACAGGACCUAGAUGUGUCUGACAACAGGCUCUCCGAGCUUCCCUCCUCCGUCCUGCAUUGCUUCAAGUCUCUGAGGAGUUUGAAUGUCUCUGGUAAUAAGCUCAAAAUCUUCCCGGAGCCCUGGGCCUGCCCGCUUAAAUACUGUAAAGCUUCUAGAAAUUGUGUGGAGUUUAUCCCAGAUAACCUGACUAUCUUUUGGAGGAAUCACUUGCUUGAAGUAGACUUUUCAGACAAUGCCCUGAGGGAUGUUCCCAAGGACCUGUUCCAGGUGGAGGCAUUACAGUGUUUGAAGCUGUUCGGAAACCAACUGACUUCACUGCCACCUCCUGACACCUGGACUUGCAAGCAUCUCAAGUGUUUGGAUUUAUCCAGGAAUCAGCUAGGAAGAAAUGAGGAGGGGAUCAAGACCAGGCGGGUUCCAUUUUUCUCUACAAAAUCUAGGACACGAACAGGGACUGAUGCAGGUUUCUCUGUGGAGUUUCCCUCAUGUCUGAAAGAAUCUCUAGAAGUUUUAUACCUCAAUGAUAACCAGCUUGAUGCCUUUCCACAGUCAGUGUGCCAGCUGAAGAGUCUCACGGAGCUCUACCUGGGAAAUAACCCGGGAAUAAGGGAACUUCCUCCUGAACUUGGCCAGCUUGCAUCUUUAUGGCAAUUAGACCUUGAAGACCUGAACAUCACAAACCUACCUGAAGAGAUCCGGAAAGAGGGACCUGUGACCAUCUUGGCAUAUCUGCGUGCUCAACUGAGAAAAGCAGAGAGGUGUCCACUUGUCAAGAUGAUCAUUGUGGGACCACCACGCCAAGGGAAAUCUACCCUUUUUGAGGUCCUACAGACAGGGAAAGCCUCCCAGCAGAUGCAAGGAGAAAGUACUAUUCGAACUACCCGGUGGGAGCUGCAGAAACCUGUGGGGAUUAUAGCAAAGGUUGAUUCUGUGCAUUUUCAUGUAUGGGACAUGGGAGGUUCUUCAACAAUGUCAGCAGUGAACCAAUGCUUCUUUACGGACAAGGCCUUGUACGUAGUGGUAUGGAACCUGGCUCUGGGGGAGGAGGCUGUGAGUAAUCUCCAGUACUGGCUUCUGAACAUUGAGGCCAAAGCUCCCAAUGCUGUGGUUUUAGUAGUUGGAACACAUCUAGACUUCAUUGAAACCAAGUUUCGUUUAGAGAGAAUCGCCACUCUUCGUGCCUAUGUUUUGGCUCUUUGCCGCUCUCCCUCUGGGUCUAGAGCCACAGGAUUCCCAGAUAUUACUAUCAAGCAUUUGCAUGAACUUUCCUGCAAGACAUUGGAAGGCCUAGAAGGCUUACGACAGUUGAUAUUCUAUGCUGCCUGCAAUAUGAAAGAUGUAGGCAGCACGAUUGGGUCCCAAAAGCUGGUUGGGAGGCUGAUUCCCAAAAGCUAUCUGAAUUUGCAGGAAGCAAUACUGAGGGAACAGCAGAUAAGAACUCAUGAGGAUGAGGUCCAGUAUCUGACGGAUGAGCAGAUAGAGCAGAUCAUAGAGCAGAGCCCCGGGAAUGACAUUCGAGACUAUGAGGACAUGCAAGCAGUUAUUGGGUUUCUUAUAGAGACUGGCACCUUGCUUCACUUUCCAGACACCAGCCAUGGACUACGAAACCUUUAUUUCCUGGAUCCUGUCUGGCUGUCUGAAUGUCUGGAGAGGAUCAUCAACAUUAAAAGCUCCAAAUCUGUGGCAAGAAAUGGGGUCAUCAAAGCAGAGGAUCUUCGGAUGCUGCUAGCUGGAACUGGUUUCACCAAGCAGACUGAAGAACAGUACUUUCAGUUUUUGGCAAAGUUUGAGAUUGCCCUUCCUGUGGCCAACAAUAGCUACCUCUUACCUCACCUCCUGCCAGCCAAGCCCGGCCUGGAUAUUCACUCUUUACAGCAGUCUACUGGUAACUCUGUUCAGAGGGUGUUCAAGAUGAGUUUUGUUCCUGUAGGAUUCUGGCAAAGAUUCAUCGCUCGGAUGUUAAUCAGUUUGUCCGAGAUGGAUCUUCAGCUGUUUGAGAACAAGAAAAAUACAAAGCCACGCACCAGGAAGUCUACAGUGUACAGCUUCACAGGCAACCAGCGAAACCGGUGUAGCACCUUCCGGGUGAAGAGGAACCAGACCAUUUACUGGCAAGAGGGGCUGAUGGUUACUUUUGAGGGUGGUUACCUGAGUGUGGAGUCAUCUGAUGUUAACUGGAAGAAGAAGAAGAGCGGAGGCAUAAAGAUCAUUUGCCAGUCAGAAGUCAGAGAUUUCUCGGCUAUGGCAUUCAUCACAGACCACGUCAACUCCCUGAUCGAUCAGUGGUUUCCAGCCCUGACCGCUACCGAAAGUGAUGGGACCCUUUUGAUGGAACAGUAUGUCCCUUGUAACUCAUGUGCUGCUCUGUCACAUCAUCAGGAAGGGGAACCAGAUGGAAAGGAGCCGUACUACUUCAACAUGGAGGACUGCGUGCUGGCGGCUGUAGACAAAGACUAUUUGGAAUGUCCCAAUCACCCCGAGGACCCUGCUCCCCUGCAGGAACUUGUCCCUGAGAUUUUUAUGACAGAUUUUCCAUCCAGGCUGUUUCUUGAUAUUGGUGACCUGGAAUACUCAGAAGAAAACACUAAUAUUCUUGGACAAGGGGGAAGCGGGACCAUUAUUUACAGAGCCGUGUACAAACGCAAGCCAGUGGCAUUAAAAAUGUUCCAAAUUAAGAAAUAUCGGACCUCCGCCGAAGUCAUCAAAGAUACAAUGUUCAAGCACUUGCAGGCUAUGGACGCUAUGAGAAACUUUUCCGAAUUUCGUCAGGAGGCCAGCAUGCUUCAUUCGUUGCAGCACCCCUGCAUCGUGUCUCUGAUUGGUAUCAGCAUCCAUCCUCUAUGCUUUGCUCUGGAACUGGCUCCACUGGGCAGUCUGAACACGGUUCUAACUGGAACCAGCCAAGGAUCCCCCUCAUUCAUGCCUUUAGGUCACAUGCUGACACUGUGUAUGUCCUAUCAGAUCGCUUCUGGCCUCUCAUACUUACACAGGAAGAAUGUCAUUUUCUGUGACCUUAAGUCAGACAACAUUCUUGUCUGGUCCCUGGAUGUCCGAGAAACUGUGAACAUAAAACUGUCAGACUAUGGUAUCUCACGUCUUUCUUUCCAUGAAGGAGCCCUAGGUGUGGAGGGCACACCAGGAUACCAAGCACCAGAAAUUCGCCCUCGGGUGGUCUACGAUGAAAAGGUGGACAUGUUCUCCUAUGGGAUGGUUCUUUAUGAGCUGCUGUCUGGUCAGCGACCAUCUUUAGGUCAGCAUCAGUUGCAGAUCUCCAAAAAGCUGUCCAAGGGUGUCCGUCCUGUCUUGGGGCGCCCAGAGGAGGUUCAGUUCUCCAGACUGCAGGAGCUGAUGAUAGAGUGUUGGGACACAAAACCAGAGAAGCGCCCUCUUGCUGCAUCAGUGGUCCGGCGCAUGAAUGAUCCAAGUUUCUCAGUUUUCAAGUAUCAUAUCAUGUGUGGCAUGCAGGAGACUUUCUGUGCUUCGAGAGAGCAAGACACUACCAUCGUAUUGUGGGCCGGAAGUGGACAAGCCAGAAACUACACGGUUGUUGAUGUGGGGAAGGGGCAGGUGGAGGUGCGGGGGCUGAGCUGCCCUGGGCUGAGGAUGUGCACUCAGCUGAAAGUCCAGAAUACUUUGUGGAUUUCUACUGAGGACCAAAAAAUAUCAAUAUACAGUCUACAGGGCAUGUGUCCUCUAAGUGCUCCCCUAAAAGUAGUUGACACGCCAGCAAUUGUGACCUGCUUCCUGACACAUGCCGUGGGACAGACCUCCUCUUUGGUAUUUGCCGGCCUGGCAGACAGCCUGAUUUCUGUAUAUCCGAUAACUGGUGGCAUCCCCUGCACAGAUUGCUCUUAUAUCUGUUCUCGCACAGCCAAUCAUAGUCUGUUCAAAAUCGGAGAUGAAGAUCCCAGACAGAAUCCAUACCCAGUAGUGGCCAUGGAGAUCUCCAAUGGAGGAUCUGAGGUCUGGUACAGCAAUGGCCCUGGUAUCCUGAUAGUGGAUCGCACAUCCUUGGAAAUUACUAAAAGGCUUGAGCCUUACGCUGCUCCAUCAUCCAUCAUUUCCAUAGUGACUAGUUCAGACUGCAAUGGCGAGGAGACUGUUUGGUGCUUAGACAACAGGACGAACACAUUAGUGAUGUAUCAUGCUGCUAGCUACCAGUUCUGUGCCCGAUACUUCUGUGGUGACUGCAGUCCUUUAAGAGACAUGUUUACAGUAAAUGCUAACUCCAAACUAUCACCCAUCGCCAUACCAGGGGAAAACUGUGACAAUCCAUGCCAAGCAAAUGUCAGUAUCCUCUACAGCCAGGACCGAGGGACACAGCUCAUCAGCCACCAGGACUCUGUGACGGACUACUGUUCUUUGUCCUCAUUCUCCUCUUCUUCGGCACCUCAGGGAGCAGCAAAGUCUUCCUCCAGCCUGCCCAGUACGCCCGUCAGUUACAACAGUGUCCUUUUCUCCACGGACAGUGAGGAACCGGAGUUGUCACGUGAACAGAGGCCCAGAAUUCCUAGUGAGAGCUGGGGAAGCAAAGCCCCGCCGUCUGAAGAGGAGAAGCUGCGCUUGCAGGGAGUGCGGAUUCUUGCCGUGAAGGAUUUGCUUUGGAUUCCCAGACGUGGAGGCGACAUUAUCAUCAUCGGACUGGAGAAGGAGUGUGGUGGACAGAGAGGCCGAGUCAUUGCAGUUUUACAAUCUGGAGAACUAGCAAAAGAUGGGGUCUGUGUGGAGGCUGCAGCGGUGUCCAAGGAAUCCGUAGUUUGUUGUCUGCAGAGUGAAGCGUUGGGUUGGUUUCUAUCUGUCUGGAGGGGAUGGGGAGCUGCUGAGUUUGACAUUUUCUACCAUUCAGCUGAUGAGCUGAGGAGACUGGAGACCUGCAUGAGGAAGAGGAGGUAGCACAAUUAAAGAAAUAUGCCUUGCACCUUAGGCUUCCUGGUCAUCUUUGUCAGGAGGUUCUCUACGAAGCCAAUGCGUUGUGGAAAAAGGAAGCAUUGAUAAGGAGAUGUCCUGUGGGAUGUAGUUCCUUGGCUUUUCUUGGCCACGCUGUGACUCUAGUACAUGGAAAGAUGUGUCCUUGAGGAUCAAGUUUCCACCAUUGGUCUGAUAACACUGUACUGUUUUUUUCAGACAUUAUCCAAAGAUUUUAUAAUCUCAACCAUUUUUAGUGAUAACACUAAACUGCAAUAUGCAAACAGGAACGGGAACAUUGGCAUCUCAGGCUUUAGGCACCAAAUUAUCUUUGGCUGAGGGUUAUGGCUGGUUUCUAAGCCAUUUGCCCAGCUAUUGCUGGACUCCUUCACUUCAAUAGUCUUUAGUAAUGUUGCCUUGUUUAAAGAAGAUAAUUUAUUCUUUGCACUAGCUGGGCUGGAUUGCAAAUCUUUACAUCAGAGAGGCUGGUUCUGCUAUUUGUAGAUGUUCUGCUUACAUCAAACCACACUGCCUUGUAGCUGCUUACUUUGUGCAAUAUUAGCAGCAUCUCUCCACGGAACGUCAGCAGCUCUCACGCUCUCCUUCUCAAGAUGCAUGCUAUGCUCCUGGUGGCCAUCGUACAGCAGUUUCCCAGAUUAUGCAAUGUUCGGCUGGGUCCAGCUGUCUCUUCUCAUUGCUUUCCCUUGUAAUGUGGGGGACUGUAAAAACUUGGACUGACUGCCACGUUGUGUGCACUAAAAUACUGUCUGCAGAAGAAUUACAGCCAGGGGUCUGGGAGGGACAGCAGCGCGUAGAUGAUUCCAUGGAGCCUCACUGCCUCCCGUCUCAUGAUGCACCAUUGUUUCUUUUAUGGGCAGGAUGUUUUGUAACCAUAUCAUACUUUUGUGUACAAAUAUUAAUGUAUAUUAAAACCUGAAAGAAAA